AUGAGACAGCUGUGUGUGUGUGUCUUCGUCUUGGUGGCCUCAGCGGUCGUGCUGGAGGCAAGACCAAAAGAAGCUCCAGAACAGAAGUGUAAGUCUGGUCCUGUGGACCUGGUCUUCAUCAUAGACAGCUCUCGUAGCGUGAGACCCCAUGAGUUUGAGACCAUGCGUAAAUUCAUGAUUGACAUCAUCCACGAGCUGGAUAUUGGUCUCGAUGCCACACGGGUGGGUGUGGUGCAGUACUCCAGUCAGGUCCAGAACGUGUUCUCCCUUAAGACCUUCAAAAAGCCAGAGGACAUGGUGAAAGGCAUUAACGAGAUCAUCCCAUUGGCCCAGGGCACCAUGACUGGCCUAGCCAUCCGCUACGCCAUGAAUGUGGCAUUUUCGGCCGAGGAAGGUGCCAGGCCCAACGUACCCCACGUGGCAGUGAUCGUAACGGACGGAAGACCUCAGGACCGCGUGGCUGAGGUGGCAGCCGCUGCAAGGGAAUCUGGGAUUGAAAUCUAUGCUGUGGGAGUGGCCAGGGCUGACAUGACCUCCCUGCGUGCUAUGGCGUCACCACCUUUUGAGGAUCACGUGUUCCUCGUUGAGUCUUUUGACCUCAUCCAUCAGUUUGGCCUGCAGUUUCAGGACAAACUUUGUGGGAUGGACCUGUGUCUGGAGUCAGACCACGGCUGUGAACACAUCUGUGAGAGCUCCCCUGGCUCAUUCCACUGCCUCUGCAUGGACGGCUACACACUUAACGAGGAUGGCAAAACCUGCACACCUAUUGAUCUGUGUGCUGAGGGAAAACAUGACUGUGAACAGAUUUGCAUCAGCUCUCCAGGCUCCUUCACAUGCGACUGCAAUACGGGCUACUCUCUGAAUGAAGACAAGAAGACCUGUACAAUGAUUGACUACUGUUCAUUUGGGAACGAUAACUGUGAACACAAGUGUGUGAGUGUCCUCAAUGGUUUUUUCUGCCGCUGUAAUGAGGGAUACACACUGAACGAGGAUGAGAGGACCUGCACAAUGAUUGACUACUGUUCAUUUGGGAACGAUAGCUGUGAGCACGAGUGUGUGAGUGUGCUGAACAGCUUUUACUGCCGCUGUAAUGAGGGAUACACACUGAACGAGGAUGAGACAACCUGCACAAUGAUUGACUACUGUUCAUUUGGGAACGAUAGCUGUGAACACGAGUGUGUGAGUGUCCUCAAUGGUUUUUUCUGCCGCUGUAAUGAGGGAUACACACUGAACGAGGAUGAGAGGACCUGCACAAUGAUUGACUACUGUUCAUUUGGGAAUGAUAGCUGUGAACACGAGUGUGUGAGUGUCCUCAAUGGUUUUUUCUGCCGCUGUAAUGAGGGAUACACACUGAACGAGGAUGAGAGGACCUGCACAAUGAUUGACUACUGUUCAUUUGGGAACGAUAGCUGUGAACACGAGUGUGUGAGUGUCCUCAAUGGUUUUUUCUGCCGCUGUAAUGAGGGAUACACACUGAAUGAGGAUGAGAGGACCUGCACAAUGAUUGACUACUGUUCAUUUGGGAACGAUAGCUGUGAACACGAGUGUGUGAGUGUCCUCAAUGGUUUUUUCUGCCGCUGUAAUGAGGGAUACACACUGAACGAGGAUGAGAGGACCUGCACAACAUGUAAUGAGGGAUACACACUGAACGAGGAUGAGAGGACCUGCACAAUGAUUGACUACUGUUCAUUUGGGAACGAUAGCUGUGAGCACGAGUGUGUGAGUGUGCUGAACAGCUUUUACUGCCGCUGUAAUGAGGGAUACACACUGAACGAGGAUGAGACAACCUGCACAAUGAUUGACUAUUGUUCAUUUGGAAAUCACAGCUGUGAUCAUGAGUGUGUGAGUGUCCUCAACGGCUUUCACUGCCGUUGUAGGGAGGGAUACACACUUCAGGAGGAUGGGAAGACCUGCCAGGCUGAUAACCUGUGUAACACGGUGGAGCAUGGAUGUGAGCACCAGUGUGUCAGUACUCCAGGUUCUUACUACUGCAUCUGCCCUGAGGGCCAUCUACUGCAGGAGGAUGGCAAGAGCUGUGGAACUUGCAGAUCGGCCACCAUUGACCUGGUGCUGCUUAUCGAUGGCUCUAAGAGUGUUCGGCCACAGAACUUUGAGCUUGUUAAGCAGUUUGUGAUCCAGGUGGUGGAGUCCCUGGACGUGUCCGCUCAUGGCACGCGUGUGGGUCUGGUACAGUAUUCCAGCCGCGUUCGCACCGAGUUUCCUCUCAGCAUGUACCAGAGCGCAGAGGAGAUCAAGAAAGCUGUGAUGAAUGUGGAGUAUAUGGAGAAAGGAACCAUGACUGGUUUGGCCCUCAAACACAUGGUGGAAAACAGCUUCUCAGAGGCAGAGGGAGCUCGCCCCACGUCCAGGAACAUCCCCCGUGUUGGCCUGGUCUUUACAGAUGGACGCUCCCAGGAUGAUAUCACUGAAUGGGCCAAGAAGGCCAAGGAUGCAGGCAUAACUAUGUAUGCUGUGGGAGUGGGCAAAGCUGUGGAGGAUGAAUUGCGUGAGAUUGCCUCUGAGCCUGUAGACAAACACUUCUUCUACACUGCUGACUUCUCCGCCAUCAGCCAGAUAGCCGAAAACCUCAAACUCAACGUCUGUGCAGAGGAGAGUCAGGGAGAGAUUGAGGUGAAAGACCCCUGUGCCUGUGAGAGCCUUGUGGAGUUCCAGCAGGCAACUAUGACCACUCUGGAACAGUUAAAUCAGAAACUGACAGCAAUGACUGCACGAUUGGAAGACCUGGAGAACCAGCUGCUCUCUCGAAAAUGA